CGGGACGCCGGGCCCGCCCCUAGCGCUCAGGACUCGCCCCAUGGAGGGAGCCAGCGCUCCCGGGUCGGCACAGCGGGUUCGGCUGCGCGGCGGGGCUGAGGCGGCCGCGGGCCAGAUCGCAGGAAGAAGAGCUGGUGUCGGGACGGCGGGCGGCGGCCUCCUGCACAGCUCCUGGACGUGGCGCAGGCUGAUGGCAGACGAUGUCAGCCACCAACAACACAGCGCAGGCCCGCAAGCUGGUGGAGCAGCUCCGCAUAGAAGCCGGGAUCGAGCGCAUCAAGGUCUCCAAAGCCUCCUCGGAGCUCAUGAGCUACUGUGAGCAGCACGCCAGGAGCGACCCGCUGCUGGUGGGCGUCCCAGCCUCCGAGAACCCCUUCAAGGACAAGAAGCCCUGUGUCAUCCUGUAGUGGUCCCCGGCCAGACAGUGCAGCCACGCUCUGCGUCCCCACAGCUCUGAGACACCGGGGGGCCUGCACUGCCCAGGUGGGGGUAGUGGCCCCUCCAGGUCAAGCUGGAUUCACAGCCCGCCAUCGCCACUGGACGGGCCCCAGCGCCGCGGCCGCCCCUCUCCAGGACCCUCUGUUGUCGGGCCCAGCAGAGGCCACGAGGCAGCUGGCUACAGGUGCGGGGCCUGUCCGGGCAGCAGUUCUCUCCAGAUUGCGCAUUUGCAAAAAGUCCACGCUGGGCUGCUAGGAUACGGCUUGCAUUGUAACCAGAGGUCACAUGGGUGGGCUGAGGGUGACAUCAUGACACUGGGGGAACAUUCCUCCUUCCCAUCUAGAGCAGUAUUACUCCCCACUGCUGAAACCCGCGUCUGACCCGCGGUGACCCACACUGAGCUGUGGGAGGGAUGGACAGGUGGACUUCCGGGUGGGAGAGGCUCAUCUCUGAAACGUACACUCCUCCGUGUGGCCACAGGCUGUCCCUGGGCCCGUGCAUCAGACAGGUUUGGGGGGCUCGCAGGGGUGGCAGCAGGGACGCCCAUGCAGCUGGCUUUGCAGUGAGCAGGCCCUGGGUGUGCCGGCGGGGGCUCCCCUGGGUCGGCCACUUCCCCGCUCACCUUGGCCAUUUUUCAGACAGAAGUGCAGGCUGUGGCCCCAGGCACUGCGGCCUGUGAAGACUGCCCAGAGACCACCAAGUGGCUUGAGGGCUCUCGGAGUCCAGGCUCUGGUCCCGGACGGGGCAGCAGCCGCUCAGCUUUCCCGCCCCCAGGAACCCGCGACCUUUGGAGUGCGGGUGGGAGGCCCAGGGCCAGGGUCCAUCCGCCCCACCUCCCAGCAGCCUUGGAAGUUCCAGGUGUCAAGGGGCAGGGGGCUUUCUAACGGGGGCUCUGCCACGUCACAAGGACAGUGGCCAGAGCAGGCAGGAGAGGCCGCACACACCCCGAGCUGCCUGUGGCCACUCCCCUCGCGGCCCUGGACCUGGGAGCUGCCCGCCCCGCCCCACCCGGGCCUAGAAGCAGGGCAGAGAAAGCCAAUGGGCUGCACGGUGACCCGGCUGUGUGGGCCUGGACGGUCCCAGGCCCGAAGAGCAGGGCCAACAGCCCCAUGACCCCAGCCCUCCCCACGCAGCCCACCCCAGGGCAGGUGCCAAGGCCUCCUCGACUGGGCCAGAGGAGAAGCACUGGGCGGACGCAGGUCAGGAGACAGUGGGACCCGAGCAGCCCUCCAGGCCCUCCCCGGGCUGGCUCCCGGAGGGUCCAGGCUCAGGGCCAGGCCUCUCCCCGCACCCGGCUCUCUGUGGCUGGUCCAGGAGGCCAGGGACGUGGGGACCCGGCUGCACAAACCUGAGGCUGCUGGAAGAGGAGGCCGGCCUCCCCGAGGCUCCAGGCGUGGCAGGAAGGGCAGCAGCACAUCCCAGGAGCCCCCGGGCUCGGGGCACCUCUGAAGCGGGAGCAGCUUGCAAGGCAGGCGGGGCAGGGACUGCUUUCCAGUGGGACGGCCCUGCCCCAGCCUGGCCGGCUGGGUCCCCAGGAACAGUGCACCCAAUUCUCCUCAAAAGAAGCCUUGAUCCUGGAGCACGUGUGGCAUCCUGCAUGGCUGUCCCUCCUCCUCAGCCCCACUGUCCAGGCCCCCAGCCACCAGGCUCCCACGAGGACAGUAGAACCUGAGGCCGGCGUCAGCAGCACCCCAUGGCCAAACCCCUCUCCCUCCCACUCGCCCUGCCAGGGCAGAGGGACAGGGGCACGCAGACCUCCAAGCCAGCCCCACUUGGUGUCCCCACAGCUGUGACCCCAGGGGAGCUGCCGGGUGGACAGGGGCUGGGCAGCUGGGACCCCUGGGCUGAGGGCGCCGGGUUAACUGAGCUUUGGGGCUCAGCCUCACGGGGAUUCCUUGGCCAGGGGCCGCCCCCAUCCACAGCCCCAGAGUCCCUGCACCCGGCCGGACAUGCCUUCUAGUAAACUGAGGCCUGGAGCGGGGACAGGCUGCCCACAAGCCAGGUGUCAGCCGCCCUCCCUGAGCUGGCCAUCUUGCGUCUGUGCAGACUCCUCCUCCAGGUGCCACUGCCCUGUCCCCAAGCCUGGUCACCAUUGCCCACGAGUUUGGGCCUCCGGGAGGUGGUGACUGGAAGCAGCCUGAGUGUCCUUCUGCGCUGGGGCCUCUUUCUUGACCCUUCAGGUGACUCUCGAGGCGACAGCCUCCCACAGCAGCCCGGGCGCUCGGCCGGCUGCUGCCUGUGCUUCCCUCUGGGAAAUGCCCCCCACGGACGCAGGUCCUCCCUGGGCACUUCCAGGGCCCCUCUAGUGUGUCAGGGAGAAGAGCUUCCGGAAAGCCCGGCACCGCGCACCUGCCCCAGAAGGGCAGCGCUCUCUCCAGCCUGCUCCAGGUGUCCAGCCAUGUUGUGCCCGCUGGAGGGGCCCCUGCACCUGGCCGGCCUGUCCAGUCCCCAUCCAGGGAAUCUCCAGUGGUCCUGGCCCUUCUCCUCCCUCACUCAGAAGGAACUAGGACACACCCCUCCCCACAGUCCCCAAAGGUGACCCCCAGGGCAGUGGCUCAGCCGUGACCUCUGGCUUCCAGGGUGGCAGACAGCAGGUGCUUGUCUUUCUUUCUGCCCCGUCCCUUUGAUGGUCCAGCGGUGGCCUCCUCCGGGCAGACGCUCGGCCCCCAGGCAGCUCAUCCCAGCUCCUCAGGCUGGCCCUCAGCUGGCCCAGUCCACCUGCCCCGGCUUGGAUACGGGGCAGGACCAGGCGUCAGGCCCUGCUCCAGCCCGGGGCCGGCGGCGAAGCACUGAGCCCUGGCCCUGCCAAGCGCCCCGAGGCCCAGUCAGCUCGCAGCUUGGGGACACGGAGGCCGGCUCCUCUCCCGUCCUGGACUCUGCUGCCAACGCCCCAGGACGAAGACUGCCCGCCCCAGCAGCUGCCAGCUCUGCGUGCGACGUCCGUGGUUCCCGCCCUCUCAGAUCCCAGGCGUGGCACCCCAUUCCCGCAGUGUCUGACACCCUGCGGACCCUCCUUCCCCAGAGUGAAUUCGCACACAAUAAAAGGCUCCCUGACCCUUUUCCCCACGGCUCCAGCUCUUCCCUCCCUCCUCCCUCCCUGGCCGAGGCUGGGCCAGGGGUGGCCGCUGGGCGUCACUAGGAAGGCCGGGCAGCAGCCCUCCAGCCGGACACACAAAGGAGCACCACGGGCCCCAGUGGGCUCUCAGGUCUCUCAGGUCCGUAGGGAGCGGGCUGCUCGGGGACCCUGCCCACCUGGUGCACCCUGGGCUCCUGGCCUGCCCAGGACAGUUGGUUCCACAUGGAUCGGGGGUGGGAAGGUGCCAUCGUCCCGCUGCACCUGCCCUCGAGUGCCUACCCACAGACCCCACUCUGGAUGCCGAAGUCUGACUCCAGGGCCAGAGGCGCCGCAAGCCAGGGCCCGCCACAGCCACCAAGAGGUUCAAGAUCAGCUCCUCGAAGGGGCCAUGCCGGCCACCGAGUGGGGAGUUUUUGUGUAGAACACGUGCGCUUUCCACAACGUAGAGAUCGUUCCCAACAUAUCAAAAGGCAGACGGCAGCUCAGGGGAGACAGCGACCCUGGCAGAGCGCAGCACUCGACAGCAGAACCCAGUGUCCACCUGCAGGAUCGUGGGCAGCUCCCUGGGAGGAAGCCUGCUCAGCACGGGAGGGAGGCACAGGCCGAGUCCCACUGCCGCAUGGACAGGCCUGAGGACUGGCACCCCGGCAGAGGCAGGCCCAAGGGACGCAGGCUGCGGCAC